AUGACCCUGCCCUUCAACUACGCCUACGAGCAGAACCCCUUUGUUCACGCCAUAAAGGGCGACGAGGGUGAGGAGCAGGUCGUCAAUACCACCGCCCCAGCCCUCGUUGGUUGCUUUAUCGCCGCCACGGAUCCCACUCCUCCUGCGCCCAACCGCCUGCCUAACCUCCUUGAUCCCCUGACAGCCGAAGUCAUCACCGCCGUCGAGGAGGCAUUCGAGGUCCGGCCUAUUUGGACCCGCCGCUCCCUCCUCAACUACCUCGGCCCCCGCCUCAAGAACUGGGGCCCGCUCAAGCGUUUCCUCGGCUACGCUGCCUACCAAUUCAAAGCCCAAGGUGGCAACGCCAAGAAGAAAUCAUGGAAAAACUUCCGCCGCGCCCGCGACGCCGACCCCUACAAGUUUGAGGAGGACACGGCAGAGAGCCACAUCUUCAACGGUGACACCUACUACUCUAACGGCAAAGUUUGGCAGGUUUGCGACAUCACGGACCCCACACUCGCCCGCAUGUUCGCCGAGGCUAGCGUCCGCCCCAGCUGCGACGUCGAGAGUAGCGGCUGGUACCAUCAGGGCCUGUGGGGCAAGGCCAAGGCCGUGAUGAAGUGUAAGCUCGUCGCUGGCUACCAGCAGCCCCCGUACACUGCGACGGCCGAUGACAUCGAUGAAGCAGAUCAGCAGCAGCAGCAGCAGCAGCAACAGCAGCAACAGCAACAACAGCAACAACAGCAACAACGCCAACUACAAUACCAGCGCUCCACCUCUCUUACCCCGCCUCCCGGCGCUAUUGUUUCCCUCCGUCUCCCCGACUUGCAGCUAACCAAUGAGGAAGUGCGAUUCCUAAAGGGAAGGCGAAUCCGCUCCACGGCCAAAGGCGGAGACGCCAAGGUGACGGCCCGGCCUCAUGGAAGCGAGGCGUACGACGAUGAGAUGGAUGUUGAAAAUGAUGAUGACCUCGACGAAGUUGAAGACCGGGCCAGAGUAGAGGGCGAUGCCGAGGAGGAAGACGAAGAGGAUGAGGAAGAAGAGUACGAUGAAGAAGAAGGUCAGGCAGAGUCGUACAGCGAUGACCCCUAUGCCUUCCUCGAUGACGACGACGGUGUUGAAUACAUUUAUGACGAUUAG